AUGGCAUGGGGCUACACGUCGUUCUGGAAUGACAGCAUCUCGUCAGGCCUGCGCGGCUGCAUUCUGGUGGAGCUGGCGCUGAGAGGACGCAUUCAGCUCGAACCGCAGAGCUCACGCAAGAGAAAACUACUGGACCGCAAGGUGUCGGUGAAGUCCUCAGCUCCCACUGGUGACAUGCUGCUGGAUGAAGCGCUGAAGCACAUUAAGAACACUGAACCACCGGAGGACGUGGCCAGCUGGAUCGAGCUUCUCACAGGCGAGACGUGGAACCCCUUAAAGCUGCACUUCCAGAUGCGUAACGUGCGCGAGCGUCUGGCGAAGAGCCUGGUGGGGAAGGGCGUCCUGAGCACGGAGAAGCAGAACUUCCUGCUGUUCGACAUGACCACGCACCCGCUGACAGACAGCAGCGAGAAGGAGCGUCUGGUGCAGCGUUUGCAGGACAGUCUGCUGGAGCGCUGGACCAACGACUGGCGCCGCAUGAGCCGCCGCAUGCUAGCGCUGAUCCUGCUAGCGCACGCCGCAGACGUGCUGGAGAACACAUUGUCCUCGCUGAGCGACGAGCGCUACGACACAGUCUGCUCGCGCUCACGCAGCCUGCUGGAGGCCAACCCCGACCUGGAGAGCGCAAAGGUCAAGACCCCCGCCGAGGAGAUGAUCUGGGCCGUGCUGGCGGCCUUCAACAGAUCCUGAGAGAACGCCCUUCAUAGACAGCAUCCGCACUCACUACACAGACAGCAGCAGCAUCACGGCCAUUUUUCUUACAUAUAUACUUGUUUUCGGGUUCAGUCAUUUUCAAUUUUUUUUUUUUUUUUUAAAUGACAUUUUUGGCUUUAAAUAUUUUUAGUUUUUGUAAUUUUAGUACUUCAUCUUCAGCUCAUUUAAUUUCAGGUAGUUGCAAUGUAGUUUUUCAUAAAUAUUUUCAAUUUUCAUCUAAUAUUUUAUUUUAUUUUAUUUAAAAUAACA